CUGCUCAGUAAGUUCCCUGGCCUCCUGCUAUACACAGCUGGGCAGUCCGGGAAUAGGAGGAGGGGGAGGCUGCACAGUGUUACUGCUGGGAGCAGAAGUCAGGCUGGGGGCUACACAAAAUGUGGACCCCCUGGAGCUGUUCAAUCCUGCCUUAAAAGUACUGCUGCUCACAGGACAACUACAGAGACCAGCACUUGAGGAAGUCCACACCUGGCCCACCUACGAAAAGGCGAUGAUAGAGCAGAUCUUCAAGGGGUUAUACCAGAGGAUGAGGAUCUACUGACAAAGUGAGAACCUAUGAUGUCCGGGUGUCAGACUGUGCAGAGAAGAUGGAGCUGGAAGAAGUCCUGACGUCUGGACCAGAUGAAGAAGAAAAGAAAAGACAACAGAGAAGACGUCACUCAGCUCUGACAACUACAACUACCAGCCAGGCAUCCAACCGCUGCACAUGGCUUAAUGCAUUAAAAAAACUUAACUUGGAUAACACCAUGGUGGCAAAUCUCAUGUGCAUAGCCCACCAUGCCAGUAAUUUCAAUAAAUACCAUAGAGCAAAUGAUCGGGCCCAUGGUGUCUUCCAGGUUGGUGCUGGCUUGUGGUGCCAAUGCCCUAAAUACCCAGGCCAGAAUCACUGCCAUAUCCCAUGUUCUGCCUUACGUGACCAAAACCUAAAUGAUGAUAUCCAAUGUGCUGUCACUGUUAUAAAAACCCAAGGAUAUGCUGCAUGGGGUGUCUGGAAACAACACUGUGAAAACAAAAACCUUCAAGAAUAUCUAACGUGUCCAACGACUUGUUAACUUGAUACAAGUGAUGAAAACACCGGAUGACUGAUGAAAUCUCUGGUGUCUCCUCUCUGAAUCACCAAUCACAUGUAAUUGUUCAUCUUCUGAAAUUGUCACAAAAAUCUAACAAAAAUAUUUCUUAAUCUACAAAUCAAUAAAAUCUUUAGAGCAUCAA